UAGGACUUACGGGAGCGAGGGAACGAGGGCAAGACCAAGGCGUUCUUUGCGCUGUAGGAGUGCAGGCAGAAAAGACCAACGCUUCUAGAGAGAGAGAGAGAUUACAGGAAGAGACUUGGACAGGCUUGUUCAUGGUGAUUUCGACGGUAAAAGUGGAGUAUUGAGGGUUAACUGGCACAGGGGAGACGAUUGUGCUUUGAUUUUGCUUCGUUCAAGUCAUCGUUGAGGGUUGAAAGAAUUACAGGCUGUAAUUCGGAGUUUAUUUGAAGGUGAAUUGUUAGUUGUGUGUCUGAUUAGUUUGUCGCUGAAGAAAUCGAAGAAUGAAAGAAGAUAUUGGAGAGAUGGAGUGGCCUACCUAUUUGGAUGAAUAUGAAAAGCUUGUGAUUCGAAUGACAACGCCGAGAGUAAUGAUCGACAAUACCGCUUGUGCCAACGCAACUCUUGUUACGGUUGAUAGUGUAAGAAAACAUGGAAUUCUACUAGAGGCGGUGCAGGUUCUCACAGAUAUGAACCUUUCAAUUAAGAAGGCAUACAUUUGCUCUGACGGAAGGUGGUUUAUGGAUGUUUUUCAUGUGACUGAUUUAAAUGGUAACAAAGUAACGGACGAGAGCGUCAUCAGUUACAUUGAACAGUCACUAGGUACGAUUCAUUAUACGAGAUCAAAAUGCUAUGAUGGUUUGACAACAUUGGAAUUAACCGGGACAGAUAGAGUCGGCCUCUUAUCCGAGGUUUUUGGGGUGCUCGCUGAUCUGCAAUGUAAUGUGGUCGAAUCCAAGAUGUGGACACACAAUGGCCGAAUUGCUUCACUUAUUUACCUUAAGGAUAAUGAUUCCGGUUCCCAGAUUGAGGACUCUCUGAAGAUCAAUAGAAUUGGAACACGGUUAAGGAAUGUGCUUAAGGGUGAUAAUGAUAUUCGAAGUGCUAAGACUUCGGUGUCUAAUGUUGUUACUCAUACUGAAAGAAGGCUUCAUCAGAUGAUGUUUGCAGAUCGCGAUUAUGAAAGAAAUCCUACAAUUAGGGCUAAUGGUGAUUCACCCAGUGUUACAGUUCAGAAUUGUUUGGAGAGGGGUUAUUCCGUUGUAAAUAUUCAUUGCAUAGAUCGAACAAAGCUUCUGUUUGAUGUUGUCUGCACAUUGACAGACAUGCAGUAUUUUGUGUUUCAUGCCACCAUCAACACAGCAGGAGACAGAGCAUACUUGGAGUUCUUCAUUAGGCACACAGAUGGAACCCCAAUUGGUUCAGAGGCUGAAAAGCAACGUGUGAUUCUAUGCCUACAAGCUGCCAUUGAAAGAAGAGCAUCUGAGGGUGUAAGGUUAGAGCUAUGCACAGCUGAUAAACAAGGGCUAUUAGCGUAUGUGACUCGAACCUUCCGAGAAAAUGGUCUUAAUGUGACAAGGGCUGAGAUAUCCACGAAAAUAGAUACGGCCCUAAAUGUGUUCUACGUCACCGAUGCAAUUGGGAAUCCAGCUGAUCCAAAAAUCAUUGAAGGAGUUCGACAGAGAAUUGGAUUGAGUAACUUAAAAGUGAAGGAGCUGCCAUUAAUCUAUCACCAAAAGGCAGAAAAGGAUGAACCCGCCGCGAUGAGUGUUGGUGGGGCUGUGUUGUUGUCACUUGGGAGCCUAGUGAGAAAGAAUCUAUUCAACUUGGGAUUGAUCAGAUCAUAUUCCUGAGUAGACAUAAAACUAAAGUCAACUUGUUUUUGGGGAUUUGCCCUCCCUUUAUUGGCACUUCGGCAUAUACUUUGCUUCAGAGUUGGGCAUAUGUACAUAGUAAAGAGAGAAGAGAGUUACAAGGGUGAGAUUUGGUGAGGUUAGUUGUAGUAGGAGUUUGGUUGGUUGAAUAGGUAGACACACACACACACGUACACACAUUAGAUGGAUGAUAUGGGGGCCACCCCCACAAUUUCAAAUUGUUUGGGUGAUUAGAAUUUGAACUUAGAUUAGGGAAAACAGAGAAAAAGUAAAAGUUAUUGGUAGAAAGAGGGUUGUGGUUAUUGUGCUUGUUGGUAGCUGGCAGAGAUAGGAGAAGAUUAGGUAGAAGAAAAAGAAAUUGGUUUCACACAGCACCCAUUUGUAUUCUGUACAUAGCUGCUUGUUUGAAG